AUGCCCCCUCGGCCCAUGUUGCUGCCGCCGCGCGCAGGCGCCCCCUACCCCACGGCGCUCGCGACCCUGAACUCAGAAAAAGACCUCAGCCUGUUCACCAAGCUGGCGGACAUCUCCGGGCUGCGGCCCUACCUCGACUCCACCUACACACGCGCCACCAUCUUUGCGCCCAGUAACGCAGCCAUCACAGCGCUGGCGGCCGCUCUGAAGAUCAAGCCUGAGGACCUGGCUCUGCCCCGCAACCAGCUCCUGGUGGACCGCCUGGUGGGGUACCAUGUCAUCACGAAAUCUGGAAACCUGGCGGCCAAGUCCCUGACCAGCGGCGAGGUCCUGCACACGGUCGGCGGCGGCAACGUCUCAGUGUCGAUCGCCGGCAAAACGAACCGCCGCCGCCUCAUAGAAAAGCCGUCCGCUGUCAACGCCACCAAGGCGCUGGUCAAUGCCACUGCCAACGCCACUGCCAGCGCCACUGCCAAUGCCACUGCCAAGGCCAACCGCACCGGCCCCGCUGUUGUGAGCGCGAGUGCUUUGAAGGUCGCCGCUAAGCUGGCCACGGGGCGGCGCCUUCACGCCACCAAGCCCGGCGCUGUCAACGCUACCAAGGCGCUAGUCAACACCACCGCCAACGCCACGGCCAAGGCCACCGCCAAGGCCAACCUGACUUCCCCCGCCGUCAAGAGCGCGAGUGCUAUCAAGGUCGCUGCGAAGGUCGCCGCUGCCUCACCCUCUGCAGUCUUCAACACGACUGCCCGCCUGCCAGGGCUGCUGUCGGGGGCGCCCAGCCUGGGGCGCCUGGGCCACCGCCACCUGCUGGCGAGGCCGAAGCCGUCUGCAAGGAAUGCCACAAAGGCGCGGGCCAAGGCCAGUGCCAACGCCACUGCCAACGCCAUUGCAGACGCCACUGCUGACGCCACGGACAGCGCCACUGCCAAUGCCACAGCCAACGCCACGGACAGCGCCACUGCCAACGCCACUGCCAACGCCACAGCAACGGCCAACCGCACCGGCCCCGUCGUCAUGAGUGCGAGUGCCAUCAAGAUUGCUGCCAAGGUGGCCGCUGCCUCACCCUCUGCGGUCUUCAACACGACUGCCCGCCUGCCAGGGCUGCUGUCGGGGGCGCCCAGCCUGGGGCGCCUGGGCGGCCGCCACCUGCUGGCGAGGCCGAGGCCAUCGGCAAGGAAUGCCACCAAGGCACUGGCCAAGGCCACUGCCAAGGCCAGGGCCAGGGCCAAUGCCACUGCCAACGCCAACGCCAACGCCACCGCCAAGGCCAGUGCCAACGGCACUGCCAAGGCCAACCAGACUGCCCCCGCCGUCAAGAGCGCGAGUGCUAUCAAGGUCGCCGCCAAGCUCGCCACAGCCGCGCCCAAGCCCAAGCCGGAUGUUGGUCGCCACCUGUUGAGCAGCUUCCUUCGGAUGCUGCACGCUGAGCCUGCUAAGAAGGCCAGCCCGUCCCCCGCCCCGGCAAAGAAGGCGGGCACUUCCCCUGCCCCAGCCAAGAAGGCAGGCACCUCCCCCGCCCCGGCCAAAAAGGCCGCCGCCUCCCCACCCGCCGCUGCCAAGCCUGCUACCUCAGCCCCUGCGCCCAAGCCCGCUGCGCCGAGCGGGCCCAUUGUCACAAUCAAGGGCGUGCAGAACUCUGCCAAGGUGAUUGGCACGGACCUGGUUGGUGGCAAUGUGACGAUCCACGUCAUCGACAACGUGCUGCUGCCCGCCACCGUUUUCAAGACCAUCAAGGACGCGCUGGCCUUCAGCCCCUCGGUCUCCGCGCUGUCGGUGCUGGCCGCUGACGACACAGUGCUGAAGAAGGCCUUUGCAGACCCCACCACCAACAUCACCCUCUUCGCGCCCACCACCAAGGCAAGGGAGGGCUCUGCGCUUGGACCUGCACCUCCGCCGCCACCGGCCCUGCUUCCGCACCACGGCGGUUCAAUCGAGGAUGUCGCCAACGGCGCUGUUACCGGCAAGCUGUUGCAGACAAAGGACUCGGUCAGCAAGAUCCUGCAGUACCACGCCGUGAAGGGCGCGCGCCUGGAGCCGUCCUUCACCGGCCAGGGCACCGUCAAGCUGCCCACGCUGCUGGCCGGCCACAGCGUCCAGCUGUCCAAGGUCAUCACCCCGGCCACAGACUCGACCGAGGCCACGGGGGUGAUUCAGGUGUUGGCGGACAGCGAGGGCGCCCAGCCCCACAUCGUCAAAAAGCACAACAUCAUUGCAGGCGCAAGCUAUGUCAACGUGAUUGACGGCGUCCUCAUCCCCAAGAUCUGA